AGAGCUGUCCUGUCGAUGGAAUUAAGGCCCCCGCCAACGAGCCAGGCUCACUCCCUGUUCUGCUUCAGCUGUGAUGAUUCCGCCUCCAACUGGGGCUGUCUGAGACCAGUCAUGUGUCCAAGUGAGGCAAACUACUGUGUGACCACAUAUGUGGGGGCAGGAAUUGGUGGAUACUCCAGACAGAGCAUCUCCAAAGGAUGCGCUCCCGUUUGCCCCAGCGCUGGGAUAAACCUCGGGGUACUGGCUGCUUCGAUUUCCUGCUGCAGUUCUUUCUUGUGCAACAUCAGUGGGGCCAGCAGCGUGAAAGUCAGCUACAUGGUGCUGGCCACAGCCCUCUUGGCCCUCUUCGUCUCUCUCCGGGCCGGACUGUGAUGGGACCAGGAAAAAUUAAUUUGAUGCCCUGAAGAACUUUCUCCAGUGAGACACCAAACCCCCCUCUGUGCAGAGCUGUUCUGGGGUUACCGAUGGUGCCACUUCUUGCAAACUCUGUCUCAGUUAUAAUUAGACAAGACCUCCCCUGCUGCUGCUGGGGUGCCUCUCUGUGGCUCUCGGAAGAUCUGUACUGUUUCCUCCCAUGUGUUUGGGUGUGGGAGGCCCAAUCGAACAGCACUGCCCCCUUCUGGAUGUGCCUGUUUGCACUCUUGGCCGGUCCGAGGAUAA